AUGGAAGGUGCAAAUUUUUCGGUGAGGUUCGGGCCGGAGCAACGGCGCUCGCCGAUUGGCUGGCGGGGCCGAUUCCGAGAACGGCAUAAACUAAAAUCUGCCUGGCCCAGUUCGGAAGCGUCUAGUUGCUGGGUGCAGAGCUGGUCAAAAAACUGUUGCGCAGCUGCGCUUACACACAGGUUCGCACCCGAAGCCAUGACAGAGACCAAGACUGUGAUGCGGAAGCGCGUGUCGAAGGCGUGCGACAUAUGCCGCGCCAAGAAGAUUCGCUGCAAUGGCGAGGAACCAUGUGUGAAUUGCGAGAAGUUCAACCUGGGGUGCACGUACACUCACGUGAUUAAGAGGCGGCAAGCCGCACCCACGCGAGUGUCGAACCGCAAGCUCCUGGGAGACCUGAGUGCGCGGCUCCAGCGGCUGGAGCACGUCCUGGUGCGGAUGUCUGCACAGUUAGGCGGCGAGGCGUGGCGCGCGCCGGCGGAGACGGAGGUGGCGGAGGUGGAGGAGGAAGGCGAGAGCUCGGAGGAUUCGGAGGAGGAAUGGACGCCGCCCCGUGUGCAGAGGGCGGAUAGUGUGUCGUCGUACGAGAGCGCAUCGUCGGACGUAGCGCUCACGCGGCUGGUGCAGAAUGACAACAAGCCGGACACGUACUUCGGGACGCACACUUCGUUCUCGCUGUUCUCGCGGCGCGGAUUGCGGUGGCUCUAUCGUGUGCUGGGCGGCAGGAACGAGUUUUUGUUGCCGCUGCUGAAGCUGAACUCGUUCAUCAAGCACAACCAUGAGCAGUUCUACGACAAGUUCCUGGCUGCCGUCGAUGUGGCCGCGCUGCCAUCGUGGCCGGACAUGGAACGGUGCGAGAUGCUGCGGGACGUGUUUCUGCGUGACCUGCAGCCAACUUACUCCGUGGUCAGCCGCGAGGAGGUGUUGGCAGUCUUUGAGCGGCUGCGCUUCGUUUCGCCUGAGCAAUUGAGCAUCCCGGAGCAGCUACUACUGUGCACGGUGAUGCUCACCGCCGCGAUUGGAAUCGGCUUCCAGCAGGACGCCGACACAGCGCUGUGGGACACUGUGGCGAACCAGAUGCUCACUCGGACCGUCAACAUCGUGCAGACGACGUGGAUGAUGCCCAUGACCGACCCGGUAGGGUACAUGCAGGCGAUCAUCCUUCUUUCUGUGUACCUCGAGAAUUCGCCGGUGCCGCAGACGACGUAUCUGCAGCUCUCGUUCGCCAUCCGGCUCGGGCAGACCCUCGGUCUCCACCAGCGCGAGUCCUACAUGCACAUUAAGGACAUCGCGGAGCGCAACCGCCGGCUCAACGUGUGGUGGUGGUGCUACCGCUACGACAAGGUGCUGUCGGUGUGUACCGGCAGACCGAGCCUCAUCCACGAGCACGACAACACCGCGUUUAACGACUGGGACUAUUAUCAGCUGCUCAAGUGGCAGAUGAAGCCAGCCGAGGUCCUCGAUUCGCGCCCGUCCCCGCCAGCCGGCUUCGACCUUCCGGAGGCCCUGGAAAGCUUGCUCACCUUCGGUGCUCAGUCGCUCACGAACCUAAAUUACACUCUGAACUACCACCUGUACAAGCUGUACCGCAUCCAGAGCGAGACAUACACCAACUUAUCCUGCAACCGCGUGCCGUCGGGUGAAGAUAUCCAGAUUCGCAUGCGCCAUGUCAAUUACAUCCUGCAGUGUCUUGAUGGUUGGUGGGACUCCGUGCCCGAAAUGCUGCGUGCCCGCGAGGAGGUCGCGGACAUCGAGGCGAUUCAUACUCAGCUGUCCUCGAUGCGCAGAGAAGACGAAGAUCCCGAGCUAGUUGACCACAUUUUCUCUCGGAUUCUGUUGCUGUACCUUAACUACUAUUGGACCCGGAGCGGUGCGGUGCGCGCGCUGUUUCAUAUGCCACUUUCGCGCCUGCAGCCAUCUGAGGCCUCCAAGAUAAUUUUCCGCAAGUUGCCGGUGUUCGAGAACUCGUUCAAGAAUUCGGUCAGCAUGAUCAAACUGGUCAACUACAUGCUCACCCGCGACGCAGACCGCCUCCACGUAGAACCGCUGUUUGCGUACCUGGGCGGCUUUUUGUCGCUCGUAAGCAUCUCGUUUUUCUUGGAACGUUUUCCGCGCGACCAUAUCAUGCUUCUAGACAGCUGCUGCAAGGCGGCCAUAGCCCGUGCCCGGCACGGCACAACUACGGCCACCUGGAAAUGGACUAUUGUGUCGCUCAUAACAACGCACUUUCUGAAGCUCGCAGUCGACCGCUACAACGACUCAUGCGCGGACGACGGCCUCCCGUUGUCCACAAGCCAGUACGCCACGACGCUGCGCGAGCUGCAGCAGCAGCUUGUCAGCAGCUACAAAAAAAUAUACGCGUUCCUGGACAACUUCGAGCGCGAGUCCCGCGAAUCUGCCGCCAUGCGCCAGUGCGACGAAGUGCUGCGGCAGCCGCUGGACGACUGGUUCAACCUCGAUCUUGGCGCACACGAUGUGGGUGCCGUCCCCGACCCCCUCCUGGCCACCCUCUCCAUGCCCGCCCCCGAGCCCGACCACACGCUGCCCGCGGACCCGCUGGCCUACGCAGAGCCCGACUUCCCGCUCGACUCCUUCUUCAUGAACGACUAUACCUUCAGCAUGCCGGGCUUCUUCGGCCAGUGA